CUACUUACUGCUGUGGCUACUCUUGAUCCCAUAAGCUAAUAGUGUUAUUUACAUCUUUCAUGUGAGGAUGCGCUUGGUUCUUUUGGAUAGAGUUACCGUUCAGUGGCUCGUAGAAUGGAGCUUUCCAUAAUUAGUCCAUUGCAAUUCCAACUGAAUGGUGCACGCACCUCCUUUUCUUCCAAUCUGCAAGUGCCCAAGAACAGGUAUACGUUGAAAUGCUAUUGCGGCGAGCAGGUCAGGAUGAGCGCCAUUCAAAGAAUUUGUGACAAGUUGAGAAGGGAAGGAUAUGUGAAUGCCGAGGAGGACGGUUGUGAUAAUAAGCUCAGAUUGGGCGCGGGUGAAAUAUUUCUUCCCAGUCCAAAAGAGCUCCUGAAAGAAGGAAAGAGGGUAGGCCAUUCACUUGAGCCAAAGGCAAGAGUUGGUCUGCCAACUCUGGCAGAAAUGGUGCUACCUGUCGAGGAGGUGAAGAGGCUGACAACCUGUGGACUAGGAAUUCCCAACAUCAACACCCUCAAGAUUGGCAAGGCUGGCGUUACCCAAGGUAUCAUCCACUCCAUUCACCAGAGAUGGAAGAAUUCCGAGGUCAUCAGGAUCAAAUGCGACGACUUAAGCCGCUCCAACAUGAGAACUACUCAUCACCUCUUGGAGAUGAAAACUGGAGGAAUCGUGGUUUGGAGGGCUGGAAGUAUUAUUAUUCUCUAUAGAGGAACUAAUUAUGAACCCCCUUGUGUAAAAGCUGGUAGGAGCCUAGGGAUUACUUUGAAGCCUUCCAAUGAAAUGAUAUAUGCAGUUGAUAGAGUGGACGGUAACCUAUCUGUUGAUUCACCACAUAAAAGCAAUCUGACUGGCUUGACUGGCUUGGUAAAUGGUGACGAACCAACAUGUUCUUUUGUGAACUCUGAGACUGCAUUCUCUGAAAAGGAUUAUAUGUUUUGUACUCCCAAUAUGGAAUAUGAAAGGGAAUUCGACAGCCUAUUAGAUGGUCUGGGUCCUCGAUUUACUGAUUGGUGGGGAUAUGAUCCUUUGCCCGUAGAUGCUGACUUGUUACCAGCAGUUGUUCCUGGAUAUAAAAAGCCCUUAAGGGUUCUUCCUUAUGGUAUGAAACCCAAGUUGACUGACAACGAGAUGACAAGGUUGAGGAGACUUGGACGACCACUGCCUCCUCACUUUGCCCUAGGAAUAAAUGCGCACCUGCAGGGAUUGGCUGCUGCCAUGGUGAAACUAUGGGAACGGAGUGAAAUUGCAAAAAUUGCAGUGAAACAAGGAGUUCAAAAUAGUGACAGUGAAAAAAUGGCAGAAGAACUUAAGCGCCUUACAGCAGGUUCUCUGCUUUCAAGAGACAGGGAGUUCAUUGUCUUCUACAGGGGAAAAGAUUUUCUUCCUUCUAUUGGCGCUGUAUUAGAAGAGAAGAAAGCAAUGGAAAUGGUUAUUCAAGAGAAGUAUGAAAUUGAACAGUUGAAAGAAAUCUCACCAAUUCUGUCCCAAGGUGAAGUUGUAACUGUUGAAUCGAAUAUAGUUACUCAAUUUUCUGGAGCUGGAGAUCAGUGGAUCCAUAGUGAAGAGCAGAAAAAGAUAAGAGAAGAAGCAUCCAGAGCCAAGCAGAUUGCAGCAGCUAGAAGACUUGAUAGCAAACUGAAAUUUGCCUUAAGGAAGAACGAUGAAGUAGAGAAGGAAAUAGUUGAUACAGAAAUGGUUUUAGAUCCUGCUGACAAAGAGACAAUAACUGAAGAAGAAAGAUUCAUGUUACGUAAACUUGGGUUGAGAAUGAAACCUUUCUUACUUCUGGGUAGACGAGGAGUCUUUGAUGGUGUCGUAGAAAACAUGCACUUGCAUUGGAAGUACCGGGACCUAGUAAAAAUAAUUUGUAAAGAAAAGAGCAUUGUACAAGUCACUGACACAGCUAGAAUUUUGGAAUAUGAAAGUGGGGGAAUAUUAGUGGCAGUGGAAACAGUGUCCAAAGGUCAUGCCAUAAUUUUAUAUCGUGGGAAGAAUUAUCGACGUCCUACUGUGCUGAGGCCAAAGAGUCUCUUGACCAAGAAUGCAGCAUACAAACGUUCAAUUAAUAGUCAACGACGUGAGUCAUUGAAUCUUCACAUUCUACAACUGGAGAGAAACAUGGAACAGCUGAAAUCUCACCUUAGUGAACAUGACACAACACACACUGAACAUUAUGACAGCGAGAGUGAAAAGGAAGAUAGUUUGUCCAUAUUGCAGACAGGAAAAUCUGCAGCUGACUCACAGAAAACAAAUACUGAUGGUUUAGAGCAUAAGAAUAUGAAGAGUAAAAUGCCUGAAAUUAUUCAUCGAGCGGAGCCUCUCUCAAAUAAGAAAAGACUUGUACUAAGGAGGCAAGCUCUACAGAUGGAAAAGAAAGCUCAAUUUCACAUUGGAAAGAGCAAUGUUUUAUCUGGCCUUGCCAAGUUUAUCCGUUCCUACUUCGAAAAUCAUGCAUUUGUAAUAGUUGGAGUGAAGGGUCGUGCCAGGGGAACUUCCAUUCAAGAGAUUGCCUUCAAACUUGAGGAAGCUACAGGAGGAGUGUUGGUGUCCCAGGAGCCAGCCAAGCUUAUAUUAUAUCGGGGCUGGCCAGAAGGUGAAAAGAAUCCUUCUUAUGAUAAGGAGAGCAAAGAAUCACAAGAUAUUGCGCCUGAGUUGAUGACUGCAAUUCGGAAAGAAUGUGGUCUCUAGUGUAGAAGAGAAUAGCAAAUAUCUGGAACAAAGUUCAGCAAACUGUCAUUCAUUCUGAAAAGGGAUUUAAUAAUAUAAGGAUUACUGAUUAAGAUUAUAACCUUCCAUUAAAUUCUCAAGCAUGUGCAGUAGGAUAUGAUAAGAAGGUGCAGUCGAAUCCUUUGUAGCAACGACGGAUAGAAUUCGUUGUGAAGAUUGUGGAAUCUAUAGAGGUCAAACCAUCAAUAGCUCAAUUGGAGGGGCAGUUUUUGGAAGACUGAAUUCCUUGAAAUAUGCAAUUAUGUGUUAAUGUAUUAAUCAUUGGGUUUAUUAGUGUUAGUUUCUUUUUCUAUUUUUGGUCUGUUUCUUUCAGUUAUGGCAGUUUCUGUAAGGCAGUUUAACUGUUCUAUCGCUGCCCUCUAAUAUUUGAAAAUGUAUUCUUCUUUUGCAUCGAAUAAUACAGUACACAGUUUUUCUUUGCCA